GGAGCAGUUGACGUCCAUCCAGAUAAAUUGUCUCCCGUGCCCAUCGGUAGUGAAACCCUAGAAUCGAAUCGAAUUCGAGGCGAGGCGGCGGCAGCGGAGGCGGAGGCGAAAAGGAAAUCUAGGAGGAGGCGAAGGAAGAAGAGGCAAUCAUGUCCCUCCGGCGGUCCGUCGGUUUCAUCCUCACACGGAUGUUCUCGCCAAGCGCGACCCCAAGGACGGCUCCUGCACGCUCUCUCCACUCCUUGAGGGAUCUCCCCAUCGCCGAUGGCCUUCCUGGUGCUGCUGGUGUGGCCGUGGCUGCAUUGGCUGGUGGUGGAACGUUGGCAGUUCAGUAUUUCAGGAAAGGCCCAGAUGAUGAUGAGUCAGCUGCUCGCAAGAAGGAGGAGGACAUGUAUGCGAGGUUCCAGGAUUGGGCGAAGAAGAAUAACAAGACAUACAGAGACGAAGGGGAGAAGGCUGCGCGGUUCCAAGUGUUCAAGGAGACCGUUGAGUGGAUCGAAUCGCAGCCCCCAUCUGCCCAGGUGGGGUUGCUUCCAAGGAUAAGCUACUUCGCGGACUUCACAGUUAAGGAGCGCGAAAGGAUGACGCUCGGUCAUCACGUAGAGAACAGCAAAGAGUUCCAAGAGGACAUGAAGGAAUUCUGGGCCAAACAAGAGAAAGGAGAGUUAUUGUCACGGAGGAAGCCAGCCAUGAAGCAGGGCGACAUGAGGCCAAAAGUCUCUGCCUAGAAUGGUGUCUCCUUGGUGCAAGUCAAGUGGUGAUGGUGUAGUUAAAAUUAAAUAACUCGGGCACCCCUUUAAGCUUGGUGAUGUGUUAAUCAGAACAGGGUGUGGCUGGUGUAGUUAAAAUUAAGUAGCUUGGACUUUACGUCGGGGCGGUGGCUCCGGAUGUUGGUGUGGCGGCCAUGGUCUGCGUGCGUUUUUGUCGGGCAGCUUGGGCUGCGGACUGCCGG